AUGUUGUGACCAGUUUCCACCGUUUAGCCAUCAAUGGCUGAUAAUCGCUUUUUUAUUGUUCUAUGUUCUGUGCAAUGUAACUGCUCUAUUAAGGAUCACAACUCAUUAGCAUACGACUUCUUUGUAGUAGUUUUUUUGUAAAUAAGAAAUUGCUAAUAUUCAUAUUCCGGGGCGGGGCAUUUGUGCCUAGUGCAUGGCGGUCUGCUGGCGGUAAAGUGACAGCGGUCCUUAAAGAGGAGGAUGGAGAGUUUGGGCCUUCAGGCAGUGGCCCUAAGUGAUGGUUCCACUGCAUACAUUCAGCAGGCCAUCAAUGAUGGCAACCUUGUAGAGGGAGACACAAUACAGCUGGAAGAUGGAACAACAGCAUACAUCCAGCAGGUCACUGUGCAGCAGAAAGAUCCCCUUCCCUUUGAGGAUGGCCAAGCUGUUCAGCUGGAAGAUGGGACCACAGCAUACAUUCACCACACACCUAAAGAUGGCUAUGACCCCAGUGCGGUGGAGGCGGUGCAGCUGGAAGACGGUAGCACGGCGUACAUCCACCAUCCCAGCGGCCUUCAGGCAGAGAGCACCAUCCUCACUGUGCAGGCAGGGGGAGCUCUGGAGGAGCUUACUGCUGACGACCAGGUGGACGCAGACACUAUCGCCUGCCUGCAAUCCUACUCCGCCAAGAUGAUGGCAGAGGUGCAGAAUAGUAAGAGGAUGGGCAGUACCAACGGGCAUCAGGAGCAUACCACUGUGCAGGUGAUGUUUGAGGGGAAGACGUGGGGCUCUGCCAAAGUCCAGCAGACAGCUGAGAAGAGCUUCCGCUGUGAAUACGAGGGCUGUGGUAGGCUGUACACCACAGCUCAUCACCUGAAGGUGCACGAGCGAGCACAUACAGGUGAUCGACCGUACCGCUGUGAGGUCCUGUCCUGUGGAAAGGCCUUCGCCACGGGCUACGGCCUGAAGAGUCACCUGCGCACGCACACCGGAGAGAAGCCCUACAAGUGUCCCGAGGACAUGUGCUACAAGGCCUUCAAGACGUCCGGAGACCUGCAGAAGCACGUGCGCACACACACAGGUGAGAAACCGUUUAAGUGCCCGUUUGAGGGAUGUGGCCGGUCUUUCACCACCUCCAACAUCAGGAAGGUUCACAUCCGCACGCACACAGGCGAGAGGCCUUACAUGUGCUCCGAGCCCAGCUGUGGACGGGGCUUCGCCAGCGCCACCAACUACAAGAACCACAUGAGGAUACACACAGGAGAGAAGCCAUACAUGUGCACUGUACCUGGCUGUGGCAAACGCUUCACUGAGUACUCCAGCCUGUACAAGCACCACGUGGUACACACGCACUGCAAGCCCUACACCUGCAACCACUGUGGUAAGACCUACCGGCAGACCUCAACCCUGGCCAUGCACAAGCGCACAACCCAUGGAGACUUUGAGGCCACCGAGGAGGAUGGCGAGGCAAUAGACACACCCCUCAAGCUGCAGCAGGGGGAAGGUGUGGAUCAGAAGGAGGGCAUAGUCCAUAUGAGCACGGACAGCAUCAUUGGAUCUCAGGUCAGCCUGUCAGCUGAGGAGCUACAAGCUCUUGGCACCGCCAUCACCAUGGUUACACAGGAUGGGACCACCAUCACUGUUCCCACGCACCAGGGCGACAUCACGGGCACUACGCAGCACCAUGUCACCAUGGUUACAGGCGACGGCAAGGAACUGCAGCCAGUUGCCAUAGUAACAUCAGAAGCUAUUAUGAGUGGCGGGUCAGAUGUGUCGCCUCACUACCAGCAGGUGGCACUGCUGGCCACAGCAAACGGCACACAGAUUGCUGUACAGCUGGAGGAACAGCAGACACUGGAAGAGGCCAUCAGCAUGGCGACAGCUGCCAUCCAGCAGGGCAACCUGUCUCAGGACGGCGGCAGCGCCGAGAAUAGCUGCUGAGCCCACCCUCCCCGUCACCUGGACUGGUGACCCCUGAGCACUGAGGACGUCUGCAGGACUGAGAAGGAAACAACCUCAUAUAUACGGACGUAGCAGAGUGAGAGUUGAGAAGGGAGGAAUCGGAGAGCGAGUUGCGAGUGUCAUAUCCAUGCCAUGGAUAUAACUUGUGGCCUCUUUAGAUCUGAUUUAUAAGAGGUCUGUAUUUUGUUUUUGUUUUUGUUGUUUUGUUUAUUUCUUUGUUUUCUUGUUUGGUUUUAUCUGGUUGGGUCUUACCCUCAAGGCCAGCUGGCCUUCCAGCCCUGCUGCUGUCAGCUGACCGUCAGUGCUGAGAAGGGAUUUGAGCCUGACUGUGAUUUUAGCCGUCAAACACUUGGAUGUGCUGAAGAUAAACAUGUGUUUCUUCAGAUUGUGCGUGUGUGUGUGUGUGUGUAUGUGUGUGAGAGCAAGGAGCCUGGAGCCUCUUGGAGAUUUCUUCUUUUCUUUUCUUUUUUUUUUGAGGAUUGUUAGCUGGUCCUUGACUGUAGUUCAGUCACACGGCUGUGAAAGAAUGCAAUAGUAUUUAGCUGCAAGUGGAAGGGCUGCCAUUUUGAGCCAAUAUUAAUGAUCUUUAAUAUAUCUUCUAUUUAGGCGAGUGAUGUUUACAUUUGCCAAUAAAUUAGCUUUACACUUUCA